UAAUAACAACAUGGAUACUAAUUAUUCUGAUUACAUCACACCAGCAAGCUAUGAUUAUUACGGUACGGGAACACAAUCGAAGAAGUCUAAAUAUGUUUAUUAUAUAAACGAGUUGCAUGGUAAAGAGAUCAAACAAAUGAUAACCUAUUACGAUAGUCUCUCUGAAGACUUAAUUAAAAAGGACUCUGUUGUGCAUAUUUACAUUGUUCUCCGACAAGAAAGAAAAUACUGUGGCAUGCGUUUCUUUGCUGAGAUCCGUAAACCAGAUUCCAGUGAGAGAUUCGGGUUCACACGAGAUAUUGAAGUCAUAGCAUCUAAUGAAACCGGAGAGGGGAAUAUGAAUAGUAAUAAUAAACCAAGCAAUAUCUUACCAAUGGCAUUGCUUACUCUCUCGGAUACCCUCGAGUCCAUUGAAACCAAUCCUCUUUUAGAAAGAUACGGGGAAACAAAUGUUACUGG